CUUCGAUGUGAGCGACUUUGGCAGGAUGCAGCACAGUUCUGGCCACUCGGGUGAAUGUCAAUGCGCCAAAUGUGUUCAGCUUCGUGUGACCAUCGAGGCCUUACAGACAACCAUCAGCCGUGCAGCAAGAUCUCCGGAUGGCGACGAUGGCGAGGCAGAUGACGGGGGUCUGCACACAGCCCUUGACCUGCUGCAGACCUUCCAGCUGCGGCACAGCAACGCCAUCGCCCCUGACAACAAGAAUGCUGAGUCAGCUGGUACAGCUGGUGUCCGGUGCUUCGAGGAUAUCCUCUGCCCCCCUCUCCGUCCGCCCUUCUGCUUCCCCGACAGCACACGAGGCCUCCGUCAGCUGUCCUACGACCCAUCUGCCUUUCGCCCGCGAGAUUAUCACCGCUUCCUUCUCACCGGCCGCCUCGCACCCCUCACACACACCACCCAAAGAGAUGCACGUGGCUGCAGGGGUGGUCCUCCUAUUGAGGUGACCAUGGCAUUCCUGGUGGGCAGUGGUCGGUCAGGCACUACUUUCCUGGCUGAGGUCGUCUCGCAGCUGGGCUGUGACGAGGCGGCAGGCUAUGAUGGCAUCUUUGUGCUGGACGAGCCGCGGCAGCUGUGGCUGCCGGCCUUCCCAUCGAUGGAUGUCUGGUCCACUGAGGCACCUAAGAGAAGCGGGAGGCUGGGGGGGCUUUCCGCAUCGCCACUGUCGGCUGACGCCAUCUCUCAAGUCCGGCAGGGCUAUCGGCGAGUCAUCCGAACCCUUGUCGACGCCCAGCAAUCACCGAGAGGCGGCGAAUCACCUGACGCUCGUCGGGUGCUGAUGGUGGAGAAGUUUCCGGAGCAUGGCUUCUCUAUCGACCUGCUGGCCAAGGUCUUCCAGCAGCCUCACGACAGCAUCAGCAGCAGCCAGCGGGACGAUCGAGUGUCCUUUGCGGCUCCCGUGCGUGUGAUUCACGUGGUACGUGACGGCAUAGAGGUGGCGCGGUCCAUCCGGCAGCUGUGCGUGGCGGGCGGUGGCGCGUCGGCAUGGUAUGGCGUCAAGGACCUGUGGAAAUGGCGGCAGCUGCUCACACUCAUCCAUGGAUUGGGCGACCUUCAGCAGCCACAGCCAUCAUUCUGGUCGCUCAUCCGUCGUGAUUACCGUCCUGCAUCGGCCAUGGCAGCAGGGGCUAGCGAAUGGACGGCGAGUGAGUGUGGUGAGCUGUUUGCCAUGGGGCUGCUGGAGUGGGCGCUGGCCAUCCAUGCCGCAAGGAACGGGACAAUCGAUCAGGGCGUGAGUGUGUCAGAGGUGCCCUACAAGAACAUGAUCACGUGCCCUCAGGCAGCCAUGGCCUCGGUGGGCGGCGCCCUGGGCCUGUCCGACCAUGCAGUGUCAUCGCUGGCCAGGUGUGUGUAACAUUCAUUAUACAUCGGUUGAUCGUCCCUUGGCUGGCUGUUGUGUGUGUGUGUGUGUAGGGUAUGCGAGGCGCAUACGAGUGCCAAAAGCCGGCAAGCCUAUGCGAGUGGUGCGUCGGUGAUGCUGUCCGAUGACGAGAGGCGCGUGCUGUCGUGUUGCGGUGGGUCGCUGAUUGGGGCUUAUCUGGUUGAGGCAUCGAUGUGCAACCCCACACACAGAGAGGAAAUAGAGAGAGUGUGCCGCGUCAGCCAGGCGGGAGAGGAGCUAUAGACCAUGUGCAUGAUGAGAUGAAUGGGAUCGAUUCAUGCACUGCACGAGGGAUGAAUCAUAUGGAG